UUCUGUAAGGGAACGGGAAAGAGCUCUGCUGGUUAAUAAAGUUUGACCUUGAUUAAAACAGCAAGUCGCUUCUCACUCAGUUCACUGCCAAUAUAAAAUUCGUCAAUGUACAUUUCAACCACGAAUAUAAAUUUUGGCCUUAAACUUUAUUUUGAUGCACCAAUUAUACAUACCACUACUUCAUUACCAGGCUCAAACUAAAAUAAAACCUCGUUUAAUGUCACAUGAACGAGCACGUAUUUCCAAUUAAAAAAACGUUAAUUGCAUUUUCCGGACUACACCGAUAUUCACAGUAAAAGAUGUAAAUUGCAAACCCAUCCAAUGUAGCUGUCUUACGUCAGAUUAAUUUUGAAGUCUGUACAAAAGAGAAAACGCAUUUCCAAACUACACGAUACCGAAUUUAAACUCUGUUUCGUCACGUUUUCAUUUGCGGUCGCAUUCACGAUAUUUAGGUACUUUAAAAUAGAAUUCAACGUUUAGCUUUGCUAUCGAUAUUCUCAAUUUCUGCAAUUAUAUAUCAUUAGGAAUGUUCCAAAUGCCUAUGUGCAAAAUAAACAUUGGUGUAAGAUCGAUAUAAACGAGUAAAUAGAGCCCGCUCCUGCCCUUGCCCCAGAGUGCAAGAUGUGGCAGCCACAGCGAGUUGCCUUUUUUUUAAUCCGCUGUAUCCAAUCUCCGAGUCCGCAAUAGUCAUUGGUUCCUAUACUGACAGAUCACCGCGGAUUGGGUGAAAGUAAUAGCACGUGCACGUUAGGUUCGGCCUCUCGGUGUUGAGAACGCAUGCUCAGCCCGGCGGGGACCAUUCAUAAACUAAACUCUUACACACUUCCUGAGCGUGGGGAAAAGUGGCCAUAGGAAUAAAAACAGUCAAACUCGGACUGAGAGAGCGAGCAAUAGAGAAAUGAACGCUAACAGACAAAUUUCUCCACUUUUAUCGUUUCACUACAACGACAAUCGCCUCUGAUGUAAACAAGAUAUUUUGAAGAAACCAGUUACUGAUUUCGGAGGAUUUUGGUUGACAUUUGUACUUUGUCUUUCCUCACUUUUCUCUCUCCCUCUAACCAAUUAAAUUCAAUGCACUUGUUUCAAAUUUGCGCCAGUUAAAAAGUGGGUGCCCACGGAACACCGGUAAGCGUUGGAUCCAUCAACCUAUUGCGAGACUCCGGUAUAUAGUCCGGACCUGAGUCCCAACAUGAUUGCGGCUCAAGCCAAGCUGGUCUAUCAGCUGAACAAGUACUACAACGAGCGGUGCCAGGCUAGGAAAGCCGCGAUCGCUAAGACCAUUCGAGAGGUGUGUAAAGUGGUCUCCGACGUCCUUAAAGAAGUGGAAGUCCAAGAGCCUCGCUUCAUCAGCUCCCUUAGCGAAAUCGAAACGCGCUUCGAAGGUUUGGAAGUGAUCGCUCCAACAGAAUUUGAAGUGGUCCUUUACCUGAACCAAAUGGGGGUCUUCAACUUCGUGGACGAUGGCUCACUGCCUGGCUGCGCUGUGCUAAAACUGAGCGAUGGGCGCAAGAGGAGCAUGUCCCUUUGGGUCGAAUUUAUUACAGCUUCGGGCUAUCUGUCAGCCCGGAAGAUCCGAUCCAGAUUUCAAACCCUGGUAGCACAGGCAGUGGACAAAUGCAGUUAUCGAGAUGUGGUGAAGAUGGUGGCGGAUACGAGCGAGGUAAAACUAAGAAUCAGGGAGCGUUACGUGGUGCAGAUCACGCCAGCUUUCAAAUGCACGGGCAUCUGGCCCAGGAGUGCGGCUCAGUGGCCCAUGCCACAUAUCCCCUGGCCCGGUCCAAAUCGGGUGGCCGAAGUUAAGGCUGAAGGCUUCAACCUUCUGUCCAAAGAGUGCUACUCCCUGACGGGCAAGCAGAGCUCGGCCGAGAGCGACGCUUGGGUUUUACAGUUCGGCGAAGCUGAGAACAGGCUACUGAUGGGUGGCUGCAGGAAAAAGUGCUUAUCCGUGUUGAAGACUUUGCGAGAUCGACACCUCGAGUUGCCUGGGCAGCCCCUCAAUAACUACCAUAUGAAGACACUACUGCUCUACGAAUGCGAGAAACACCCCAGAGAAACCGAUUGGGACGAGUCAUGCCUCGGUGACCGCCUCAACGGCAUUCUGCUCCAACUCAUCUCCUGUCUCCAGUGCCGGAGAUGUCCUCAUUACUUUCUUCCAAACCUAGAUCUUUUCCAAGGAAAGCCCCAUUCCGCCCUGGAAAGCGCGGCUAAACAGACUUGGCGAUUGGCAAGAGAAAUCCUUACCAAUGCAAAAAGCCUCGAUAAACUAUAGUAGAUCUUGCAUUCCCAGCAAACCGAUUUCAACGAUUAUUGCAAGGCACAAAAAAUGAACUUACUAGAUGAUUAAAACAAAAUACUUUAAAAGAAGCAAACGGACUUGACGUGAAACAGAUUCAAGGUACAUUUUAAACUAAGUGUGACUGUUUUGUUUAGAUGUUGUCAACCUGUGAGGAACCUUUAUUUAAGUAUGCACCGUCUUUUAAAGGCCAAGAGAAUUUCAGUUGUGAAAUGUAUUUUGCGUGCCAACCCCGUUUCCCCUAAAAGAAACAUGUAAUAAUGGUAAUAAAAUUAUUUACCCUUACCUGCACUUUUUGUCAGUUAAUUAACAUCCGAAUAGAUUUGUUUGGUUAUAUCAGAUUUUAUUGUGCUUCUGAAAUGGUUAUUUCAAUUACAUUUUCUCCCGCAACAUAUCUAGGAAAAAAUAUAUAAAAUGGCCUCUCUCAAUCUUACCGACUUUUUAACUCCAAGAAUUUAGGGAAUGUUAAUGAUUCGAUUUCCUCCAUAUCAAUUCAAUUAAUGCAGUUUAUAUCUAAUACAAUAAUUAAAAUAGGUAUAAUAAAUCUUUUACCCCUCUUUUUAAUAUGCAGCAUCUAGUUAUUUAGGAAUUAUUCCAGAAGUUUUAUGCUAUCAGUAAAUAUUACAGAACGGCAUGAAGCAAUAGUUAAAGACAUCACAGCGGAUUUACAUUCAGGAGGCUCCGCAGUCGCGACUGCGAAGGUUUUAAAACACUAGCUUUUCUUGUUGUUCGAAGAUAGUCAAGUAGUUUUAAAGUUGGAGCUGAAUUAAGGAGAGUCAUCAGUGAGGCUGCAGCUGUACAGUUUGAAAAAAAAACAUGGUAAAAACACCCCACAACAGAGCCACUAAAACGGUUAUUUCGUUGGUAUUGAAAUGCCGGCGAAACUGCAAUAUCUACAAAAUAAGCAUCUUUAAUAAUGGCGCCAGUGAACAAAUGCAGUCAACAAGGCCGAAUCCUUCUAGUCGGGUCUUUAUUCUUACAAAAAGAGCCUUACAUUGUCGGUGGUUAUACGGAAAAGUGUAAACAUUAAGUAUUUUUACUAAAGAAAUGAAAAAUGAAAACUAAUUCACCACUAUUACGGCGCGAUGAG